AGUUAGAAGUCGGAUGAAGACUCCUGUUUGCUGGUUACAUCACUGUGAACAUCUGGGCAGCUGGUUAAGUUGCGCAGUAUCACUUAUAACUACAUCCAUGACUGCGGCUGACCUUGUAAGAAAGCGCCACAAGGCGAGCUCCGGUGAUGCAGGGGCUGGGGCGAAAGGCCACGCGAAGGAGCCGGUACAGUGGGGAAGGGCAUGGGAGGUGGAUUGGUUCUCUCUGACAUGUGUGCUCCUGCUGCUGUGUCUGGCCCCUUUUAUUGUCUUUUUCUUCAUCAUGGCAUGUGAUCAGUACCAGUGCUCCAUCAGCCACCCUUUAUUGGACCUCUACAAUGGUGAUACCAUCCUGCUUACCAUCUGGAACCGUGCCCCUUCCUUCACAUUGGCUGCAGCCAAGAUCUAUGCCACUUGGGUUGCUUUUCAGGUAGUGCUGUACAUGUGGGUUCCAGAUUUCUUGCACAAGAUCUUGCCUGGCUAUGUGGGAGGAGUUCAGGAUGGUGCCCGAACACCAGCAGGUCUCAUGAAUAAGUAUGAGAUCAACGGUCUACAGUGCUGGGUAAUAACUCAUGUUUUGUGGGUGGCCAAUGCUCAAUAUUUUCACUGGUUUUCACCAACCAUCAUCAUCGACAACUGGAUUCCUCUGUUGUGGUGCACCAACAUCCUCGGCUAUGUUGUGUCCACUUUUGCUUUCGUCAAAGCGUACCUGUUCCCUACCAACCCAGAAGACUGUAAAUUCACCGGCAACAUCUUCUAUAACUACAUGAUGGGGAUUGAGUUCAACCCUCGUAUAGGACAAUGGUUUGACUUCAAGCUUUUCUUCAAUGGCCGGCCCGGUAUCGUAGCAUGGACUCUGAUUAACUUGUCCUAUGCUGCCAAACAGCAGGAGCUGUAUGGCUAUGUAACAAACUCUAUGAUCCUGGUUAAUGUUUUGCAAGCCAUCUAUGUGUUGGACUUCUUCUGGAAUGAAGCCUGGUACCUCAAGACAAUUGACAUCUGCCAUGAUCACUUUGGCUGGUAUCUGGGCUGGGGAGACUGCGUCUGGCUUCCAUUUCUCUACACACUGCAGGGCCUUUACUUGGUCUACAACCCCAUCCAGCUUUCCACGCUCCACGCCACAGGUGUCCUCAUUUUGGGACUAGUGGGAUAUUACAUUUUCCGCUCAGCCAACCAUCAGAAAGAUCUUUUCCGUCGUACAGAAGGCAACUGCAAAAUCUGGGGUAAGAAGCCCGCCUUCAUCGAGUGUUCGUAUCGCUCGACCGACGGCGGCAUUCACAAAAGCAAGCUGUUGACGUCGGGCUUCUGGGGGGUGGCCCGUCACAUGAACUACACGGGCGAUUUGAUGGGCUCACUUGCAUAUUGCAUGGCCUGUGGCGGUGAGCACUUGCUGCCUUAUUUUUACAUCGUAUACAUGACUAUUCUACUGGUGCACCGUUGCGUGCGCGAUGAGCACCGCUGUAGUAACAAGUACAGCAAGGACUGGGAUCGCUACACUGCAGCUGUGCCCUACCGUCUGCUGCCUGGUAUCUUCUAGAGAGAUUGUGUUUCAGCAUAUCACAGAAUGCCAUUUUUAACCACAGCCACAUACAGCAAAGACACCUAUUUACUGUGGCUGCUCAUACUCAUUCAUUUUUAAAAGUUUGGCGUCUUAGACUUUUAUGGGAGGUUUAACAGUGUAAGCUUAUGUAUGUAAGCUAAUGUGUGUAUGUAAAUAAUUUUUGGUCUGUUUGUGAAUGAAUGCGAGCGUGUUUGUGAAUAUAUCACUACAUGAUUGUCAAGGUGAUACAAUGCACUUCAAUACAAAAUGACAUUUUAAAAGGCUGAAGAUACUGUGAACUCAUGUCCUAAUUCUUUUGCAUUUGAAUAAGCUGUAUAUGGUAAUUCCAUAUUGCACCAUUCUCGGAAAAUGUUUGUCAAUUUUUUUGAUAAGCAUGAAAACUACAUAUAGUAUGUAGUUCAUUAUUGUUCAGAGUAUAAAGGGACAAAAGUCUUUAAGUCCAGAAAUACUAAGACUGCAGCUAAUCAUUUCUAUUCAUUUUUUUCUACCAGCCACACUAUUAAAAUAUUAUGCUUUUUCUCUUGAUGAAAACCUUUGUUAUAUAGAGUUUAUAAGUGUUGAGAAAAUAAAAAGCUGAACUGCUUAAAAUCUUCA